CUUUAUUACACUAAUAUCUUAAAUAGUGACGUCCCUCCUCUAUAUAAACCAUCCUUUGCUUGAAGGACUUUAGUUUCAUCAUUACACAACACUUUCUUCACUUUAUUCCUCCUUCGUCUUAGUUAAGGUUGUUGAGGGGGAUUUUCAAGAAGAUUAAGGAAGAGUGAGAAAAAAAAACCAAAACUAGUUUCACCUUUCUCUUUUGAAAGAACAAAUAAUUAACAUCAAUCAUGGUGGCCGGAGCGAUGUCCGUCGCCGGCGGGGAGAAGGUCUUUGAGGCCAAGAUCACUCCCAUGGUUGUCAUUUCUUGCAUUAUGGCCGCCACCGGCGGUCUCAUGUUCGGUUAUGAUGUCGGAAUCUCAGGUGGAGUAACAGCAAUGGGUCCAUUCCUGAAGAAAUUCUUCCCAGUGGUUUACAAAAGGACGAAAGACCCUGGAUUGAACAGUAACUACUGCAAAUAUGACAACCAGGGCUUACAAUUAUUCACAUCUUCACUCUAUCUGGCUGGUUUAACUGCCACCUUUUUCGCUUCCUACACGACAAGAACUCUUGGCCGGAAAAUAAGUAUGUUGAUCGCCGGAAUCUUCUUCGUCGCCGGAGUUACCCUCAAUGCUGCUGCCCAAGAUCUUGCUAUGCUCAUCAUUGGAAGAAUUUUGCUUGGAUGUGGAGUUGGUUUUGCUAAUCAGGCGGUGCCGUUGUUCUUGUCGGAGAUAGCACCUACCAGAAUCCGGGGAGCACUCAACAUUUUGUUCCAACUUAUGGUCACCAUUGGCAUCCUUUUCGCCAACCUCGUCAAUUACGGAACUGACAAGAUGCAUGGAGAAAAUGGAUGGAGGGUAUCAUUGGGAUUGGCUGGAAUUCCAGCAGGGCUUCUAACUGUUGGCGCGCUUUUUGUAACUGACACUCCAAACAGUUUGAUUGAAAGAGGUCGUUUGGAGGAAGGCAAAGCAGUUCUUAGACGAAUCCGAGGAAUUGAUAAUGUUGAACCUGAGUUUGAAGAACUUGUUGAAGCCAGCCGUAUUGCUAAACAAGUUAAACAUCCUUUCAGAAAUCUCCUGAUGCGUAGAAAUCGGCCUCAGUUGGUCAUCGCGGUCGCGUUACAGAUAUUCCAACAAUUUACCGGGAUCAAUGCGAUUAUGUUUUACGCGCCCGUGUUGUUUAACACAGUAGGAUUUGGUGGAAAUGCAUCUCUGUAUUCAGCUGUUAUCAUUGGAGCUGUUAAUGUUCUUUCAACUCUAGUAUCGAUCUACUCAGUUGACAAAGUUGGAAGAAGAAUGCUGUUGUUAGAAGCUGGAGUGCAGAUGUUUUUGUCCCAACUUGUGAUUGCCAUAGUUUUGGGAAUCAAAGUUAAGGACCAUUCUGAAGAUCUUAGCAAAGGGUGGGCAGUUUUUGUGAUCAUUCUGGUUUGCACAUUUGUGUCUUCUUUUGCUUGGUCUUGGGGACCAUUGGGGUGGCUGAUUCCGAGUGAAACAUUCCCUCUCGAGACGCGAUCGGCCGGUCAGAGUGUCACGGUUUGUGUCAACUUGCUGUUUACCUUUGUCAUUGCUCAGGCUUUUCUGUCAAUGCUCUGCCAUUUCAAGUUUGGGAUCUUCCUGUUCUUCUCCGGUUGGGUUCUGAUCAUGUCGAUUUUCGUGUUGUUCCUUCUCCCCGAGACUAAGAACAUCCCCAUUGAGGAAAUGACUGAGAGAGUCUGGAAGCAGCAUUGGCUGUGGAAGAGGUACAUGGAUGAUGAUGAUCAUGAUGUUAUUGGUAACAAAGGGUACUCCAAUGGAGUUAAUCCUUCUUCACAAUUGUGAAAAAAUCUGCUGAUCUGCAGUAAUAUUUUGGUUUGGAUUUGAAUCAGAGACAUUAUGUAUACCUUUGUAGUAGUAAUAGUAGGUAGUGAAAACUAAUGACACUCUUCUAUAAUUUGGUGAAAGAAGAGUGUGGACUACAUAUUGUAUGAAACUUAUGUUAGUGCUUUAUGCACUAGUUCUUCCCUUUGAGAGAGUUUGAUCCCUAGUCCUGAUGUACACAAGCAAUAUUAUGUCAAUUAAUUUGCAUUGUUUCUCCUAGUUCCAACUUAA